CGUGCGGCGUAGCCUAUCCAAAUCCAAAUGUAAAUUCAAAACGUUUUAGCAACAGCAUCCGGAAAAAUCGCGGGUGUUGAACGUUGUACUGUGUUAGCUAAGAAGCGCUAGCUCAAUUGAAUCCCCUGCUUCCUUGGCGGCGCAAGUGCACCGAAGUUCAAGUGUUUUUAUGCCUGUAUUAGUUUGCAUUAGUUGUUUCGCUAAUGGCCUUUAGCAAUGACAUUGACCUAUAUGAAGUCUGGUGGCUAAAAGAUGAUCGGUGGCUGUUUAAUACUUUUCUUUGUUGUUUUGAAGGUGAGUCUGCAAUAUUGCACAUCCCUGAGCUAAUGGGCAGUUAAAUUCGUCCCAGAUUGAACGAGUUUCUUCCCUUGAUGCUCAUGUUGUGUUCUCCGGUGGCCAUCUGGAAGACAUGAUAAAUUGAUUAGCAUUGAUGAUGAAAAUAUUUUCUGAUGGAGUUUAUAUUGUUCAAAAACAAAGCUGCCCAUGUUACUAGCUGAAUGCAUUAUCUUUGUCUUUCCGUCAGUGGUCUGUUUAGUAGUAUGUGGCCAACUUCUUGGUUUUACAUUGACGGUGGCAAUGCAUCAUCACUAGAAUACCUUCCUCAAAGGCGCAAAAGAGAAAUUUGAAAUGGGUACCAUUAGUUACUCAUUUUGUCCUUUUUAUUCACUCUCGAUAUAUUCAAUAUAGCUUCACCAUGUCUUUUUUUGGAAAUUGGUAACUUUGCAUUUAGUUUAGACUCCAUUUUCCAUGGUAUUGCAGUGGAACAUUCACUACAUCUCAGUGGCAAUUACUAUAAACCAAAAGUUUCUUUAUACUCAACGGGGUAUAAAUUUUAAUUCCCUUUCUGAUGCUUAUUUGGAUCUUAUUGCGGAAAUCUGGGUGCAAUCUAUUCAGCUGGUAUGCUUCAUUACUUAUUUGGUAUUACACCGGAUUCACAUUACAUAAACGCUGUUGUGGCAACUUGUGAAUCGUCAGUCAAGUUUUGGAAUCUACGUAUAAUGAUGUAUGUUGCCUUAGCAUAUCUUAGUUUUUCUAUUAGUUAAUAACUGUCUGAUCUUAUAGCUGGUGGUCAUGUAAUUUAGUACUCCGUUUCCCUCCUGAUUUGUACUCCUUAUCCGGUUCAAGGGGUUUCUAUUUCCUCACCUGCCUUCCCUCAUUGGAAAAAGGAGGGCAAGGGAGAAGGAUCUUGUAACUUCUACCUCCAUUCCUUGAGUUUUUUAUGCAGAUUGUUAUUCUUAAAAUUUUUAACCUUGAUAGAGUUUUUCAAUUUCGCUUGUUGUUUCGCUGUGGGUGACAACAGUUAUGUAUAAUCUCAAGAAGGCAAAUGCAUACGAGUGUGCCAUUAUAUGCAAUGCUAACUAUGAUGUGAAGAUAAAACAUAUACUUAUAUUUUACGCAUCCAAUGGUUAUAUAAGUUACAACAGUAUCACUGACAUGCUGCGGCCAAGCAGGAAACUCCCUGUCGAAAAUCUUCCAUGCACACAUAAGGCGAUCUGUGAUACACUAAUGGAAUCACAGAAGGCCAGAAUUCCUGUCAAAGAGCAUCCUGGGCAUAUGCACUGGACAUGGGCUGUUGCGUUUAAUCCCGAGGUGCCGACACAAACUCAUCUGUUAACUUGUGACUGGCUCCUAUAUAUUCUGGUGAUGAAUCAACCUCUGGAAGCACAGCUGAAUCACCCACUCACUGGGCAGACCCAUUACCUAAUUCACCCUACAGUGGCCCUUUAAUUUUUACAAGAUUUUAAUUUAGUAAAAGGCCUUGCAAUUUUUGACUUCGCCCUUCCCAGGCCUUGCUUGUUCUGAUGAGAUUUGUAAAUUUGCUUCAUUGUCCUAUGAUGGCAAGGUAAGAACUCUUAACCGUACAAGUCUGAGAACUAGAAACGUAACGAGGCUUACAGGCGGUUGUAAGAUCAGUUUGAUUGAUACUUUUCAUUUAAUUCAGCUGGUCGUUGAAUCAAUUAAGGCUCUCCUUUCAAGAAAACAAAGGUUAUUUAUUGUCUAGAAAGUACCGGAUCAUUAACAGCGUCAUUGUGAGGAUGUCCAAAAUAUUUAGGUAACUUAGGGUGGGUUUGAAUUGGCGACUGAGUGUAGUGUGGUGCGGUGUGUUUAACUUAUUUUUUGUCUCAUGCAACAGUAUCGCUACAAUAUUUAAUCUAACCGUCACCGUUGUUUUUACA